CAAGCCCCUAAAAAGUGCAAAAACACAGGCGAAAAUUAAAAAGUUAUCUGUGGAUAAAUUCUGCAUAUAUUCUGAUUGGGCCAGGUUGUUGGAAACUGGGAGUUUUAAGAUUAGAGGGCUUACUAAUGCCUUACUAAUGCCUUACUAAUGUGAUUAACUGUCGCGCAGGACAGGGUCCGGAAACGGGUGCAACUCGUCUCUUCAACCACGGGAUCCAUCUUGUCCUCUUUUACUCUCCCAGUACUUUCCCCCUGUGGAUGAUAUUUGGCAACAGGGAACAUCAAAGGCAGGGAAAUACAGCAAGAUGUUUCCGAAGCCACUGGUGGACAUUGUGGAUGCAACACAAGUAAGGUAACAUUAAGGACCUAGAGAAAUACCUCGGCUAAGCUGCUUAAGAUGUCCUCCAUGAAAUAGUUCUGCAUCCUUCUGCUUUUCUCAUCCAUUUCUCUUCCCUAUUCCUCUUCCCCCAUCAAUUACCCACCCCCCCACAACCACGAACACACACACACACACACCCUUUUUGGAUGCUAAGGGAAGACUUUAACAGGAAGAAAUGGCAGUCUUAAAGGUGACGUUCACCAAGACCGCGCGGGGAAAGCUAGCCCAGAUGCUGUGGGUCCUCAACUGGAUCUCCGUGUUGACCGGCAUCAUCCUCUUCAGCCUGGGCCUCUUCCUGAAGGUGGAGAUCCGCAAACGGAAGGAGCUGAUGUUCGAGGACGUCCACUCAGUGCCCGACAUGCUCAUCGCCACGGGCCUCGUGGCCUGCGCCAUCAACUUCCUGGGCGGGAAGAUCUGCUACGACUGUGUUGACACCACCAAGUUCCUGCGCUGGAAGCUGCUGAUGCUGCCCUACAUCGUGUGCACCUUCUUCUUCACCUUCUGCAUCCUGGUGGGCGCGCUCAUGUGCUACGGCAUGCGCAACGAGCUGGAGGAGUCCCUGUUUCUGGGACUCCGCAACGCCAUGCUCCAUUACAAGGACACAGGCACGCCAGGACGAUGCUACCUCAAACGCACCGUGGACCUGCUGCAGAUCCAGUUCCAGUGUUGCGGAAAUGCCGGCUUCCGUGAUUGGUUCCACGUGCAGUGGAUCAACAACCGCUGGCUGGACAUGACCGACAGUAAAGUGAAAGAUCGCCUGAGGAGUAACGUGGAGGGGAGGUACCUGAUGGACGGAGUGCCUUUCAGCUGCUGCAACACCUACUCCCCGCGGCCCUGCAUCCAGACCCAGCUCACCAACAACUCGGCGCACUACAACUACGACUGGAAGACGGAGGAGCGGAACCUUUGGAUGCGAGGCUGCCGCCAGGUCCUGCUGGACCACUACACCGAAAUCAUGCGCUCCAUCGGUUGCACCGUGCUCGUCAUCUGGUUGUUCGAGUUGUGGGUGCUGACAGGCGUGCGCUAUCUUCAGACCGCUAUGGAGAACCUUCUACAGCAGGGCGACCCAGACUCGGAGUCAGACGGUUGGCUACUGGAGAACAGCAUUGCCGAGACGGCCCGCUCCAACUUCCAGAUCAUCAAGAACCUUGGCAAGUGCUACCAGGUGGACGAUGAUCCGAACAUCGACGUGCCCAGCACUGCUCUGCAAGAGGUGUCCUCCCGGCAGGUCGCUGUGGCUCGAUAGCGUGGCGCAGAACCGUGGAGCCAGUCUGUUUCAAGAUUAAUGAUCCCUGUGAACUGAGGGAUCAAAGCCACUGAGAGGAACUGUGACGUGAGCGCAGUAAGACGCCGCAAAGUCCAAAAACGCAGAACAUGCCCUGAAAAUGGCCUGUUCGAUCACAUGACACCGCGUAAUAUAAACCUGAAAACAAAAGAACUUGAGGUGUCAGUUUAAGAAUGCACACUGCCUGCAACUUUGUCAUUGUGCCAAACUAUAUGCUUAUUAAGCUGAAGGAGAGCUGAAUGGAGUGAACUGGGGUCAGUCAAGUGUAUCAACCUAGUAAUGCAACUUCAUAGACAUAAAGUAAUGUGACUGGCAUUAAGGUAAUAGAGACUCAUGGAAACUGCCUUCAACUCAAUCUCCUGUGUGUAACUUUUUAAUUCAAAUGUUGGUUAUUGUAGAGGCACGGGAUGAAGAGGAAAGACCAGAGUCCAUAUAGACCUGAAAGAUCAGGACUCUGAAAGUCCAGGGUUUAGACAGAUGAAAGAACUGGGUUCCUAUAGAUCUCAAAGUCCAGGGUUCCUAUAGUUCUGAAAGACCAGGGUUUAAGUAGCUGAAAGACAGUUAUGCAUAGAGUCCACUUCUGAAGAAGGCAAGAUGGACACGUUAGACCGUUUGCAAUUAUAUUUACCAGAAUAUUUUGUAUUUCAAAUGUGUUCCUUGAGCCUCACUUCCUUAACUCUUGGACUUUAUUUGGUCGGUCAUUGAUGACAGUGUUGCAAUUUUUUCGUUGGCUGACUGUGACCAUAUGCAACUGUCUCUUGUGCCGAUAACAUCGGCAGCCUUAAUAAAAACACAAGGUUUUUUUUACAGA